GCGUCUGGUCUAGCAGCUCCUCCCUCUGCAGAGCGAAGUAGGAUCUCCAUUCAAACACAUCCAAACUCCGCGGGAUGAGUAUCAAUUUUACACUUACUAGCUGCUGAUCACCACUUCGCCAUUAACAUAAGGAAAGUAAAUUAGGAGAAUCUGUAGCAUUUGACGCCCGCAAUAGUGAAACGAUUGGACAGUUAAUUCUGGACCGCGAUAUACACAAGUGGUUGCUAGCAAGCUAUUCCAACAGACUGCAAACAUGGCGAGCGCCUCAUACCAUAUCUCUAAUCUUUUGGAAAAAAUGACAUCUAGCGAUAAGGAUUUUAGAUUCAUGGCCACUAACGACCUGAUGUCAGAGCUGCAGAAGGACUCAAUCAAGCUGGACGACGACAGUGAACGUAAGGUGGUCAAGAUGAUCCUUAAGCUGCUGGAGGACAAGAACGGAGAAGUGCAGAACCUGGCUGUCAAAUGCCUGGGCCCGCUGGUCAGUAAGGUGAAGGAGUACCAAGUGGAGACAAUCGUGGACACAUUGUGCACCAACAUGCUGUCGGACAAGGAGCAGCUCAGAGACAUCUCCAGCAUCGGCCUGAAGACGGUCAUCGGAGAGCUGCCACCCGCCUCCAGCGGCUCAGCGCUGGCAGCGAGUGUGUGUAAAAAGAUCACAGGACGUCUCACAAGUGCCAUUGCCAAACAGGAGGAUGUGUCCGUGCAGCUCGAGGCUUUGGACAUCAUGGCAGACAUGUUGAGCAGGCAGGGUGGUCUGCUGGUGAACUUCCACCCAUCCAUCCUGAGCUGCCUGCUGCCCCAGCUGACCAGCCCACGGCUGGCCGUACGCAAGCGCACCAUCAUCGCCCUGGGCCAUCUGGUGAUGAGCUGCGGCAACCUGGUGUUUGUGGACCUCAUCGAGCACCUGCUGUCCGAGCUCUCGCGCAACGACUCCAUGUCCACCACGCGCACCUACAUCCAGUGCAUCGCCGCCAUCAGCCGCCAGGCCGGACACAGGAUUGGCGAGUACCUGGAGAAGAUCAUCCCGUUGGUGGUGAAGUUCUGUAACGUGGAUGACGAUGAGCUGAGGGAGUACUGCAUCCAGGCCUUUGAGUCGUUCGUCAGGAGGUGUCCAAAGGAAGUGUACCCACAUGUGCCCACGGUUAUCAGCAUCUGUCUGAAGUACCUGACCUAUGACCCCAACUAUAACUACGAUGACGACGAUGAGGAUGAGAAUGCCAUGGAUGCCGACGGAAACGAUGAAGAUUACCAAGGAAGUGAUGACGAGUACAGCGAUGAUGACGACAUGAGCUGGAAGGUGCGUCGGGCGGCGGCCAAGUGCCUGGACGCGGUGGUGAGCACGCGGCACGAGAUGCUGCCCGAGUUCUACCGCUCGGUGUCGCCGGCGCUCAUCGCCCGCUUCAAGGAGCGCGAGGAGAACGUGAAGGCCGACGUGUUCCACGCCUACCUCUCGCUGCUCAAGCAGACGCGGCCAGCCCAGAGCUGGCUGUGUGACCCCGACGCCAUGGAGCAGGGAGAGACCCCGCUCACCAUGCUGCAGAGCCAGGUGCCCAUGAUCGUGAAGGCCUUGCACAAACAGCUGAAGGAGAAGAGUGUGAAGACUCGCCAGUGCUGCUUCAACAUGCUGACUGAGCUCGUCAAUGUGCUACCCGGAGCGCUCACGCAACACAUCCCUGUGCUGGUCCCAGGAAUCAUCUUCUCCCUCAACGACAAGUCCAGCUCGUCCAACCUGAAGAUCGACGCGCUGUCCUGCCUGUACGUGAUCCUGUGCAACCACCAGCCGCACGUCUUCCACCCGCAUGUCCAGGCUCUGGUGCCCCCAGUGGUGGCGUGCGUGGGCGACCCCUUCUACAAGAUCACCUCGGAGGCUCUGCUGGUCACCCAGCAGCUGGUCAAGGUCAUCCGGCCGCUGGAGACGCCGGACGCCUUCGACGCCACGCCGUACAUCGGCGACCUGUUCGCCUGCACCAUCAAGCGGCUCAAGGCGGCCGACAUCGACCAGGAGGUGAAGGAGCGCGCCAUCUCGUGCAUGGGUCAGAUCAUCUGUAACCUGGGCGACAGUCUCGGCGCCGACCUGCCCGGCACGCUGCUCAUCUUCCUGGAGCGUCUGAAGAACGAGAUCACGCGGCUGACCACGGUCAAGGCGCUGACGCUGAUCGCCGGCUCGCCUCUGCACAUCGACCUGCGUCCCGUGCUGGCCGAGGCCGUGCCCAUCCUGGCAUCGUUCCUGCGCAAGAACCAGCGGGCGCUCAAGCUGGGCACCCUGGCCGCGCUGGACAUCCUGGUGCAGAGCUACAGCGACAGCGUGACGCCGGCCAUGAUCGACGCCGUCCUGGCCGAGCUGCCGGCGCUCAUCAGCGAGAGCGACAUGCACGUCUCGCAGAUGGCCAUCAACUUCCUGACCACCCUCGCGCGCGUCCACCCCGAGGCGCUGGCCAAGAUCAGCGGCGCCAUCCUGGCCGAGCUCAUGGCGCUGGUGCGCUCUCCGCUCCUCCAGGGCGGCGCUCUGGCCGCCAUGCUGGACUUCUUCCAGGCGCUGGUGGGCACCGGCACGGCCAGCCUGGGCUACAUGGACCUGCUGCGCAUGCUCACGGGCCCCGUGUACGCGCAGAGCUCCGCGCUCGCCCACAAGCAGUCCUACUACUCCAUCGCCAAGUGCGUGGCCGCCCUGACCCGUGCCUGCCCCAAGGAGGGCCCCGCCGUGGUGGGUCAGUUCAUCCAGGAUGUCAAGAACUCGCGCUCGACCGACUCGAUCCGUCUGCUGGCGCUGCUGGCGCUGGGCGAGGUGGGCCACCACCUGGACCUCAGCGGCCAGCCCGAGCUCAAGGCCGUCAUCCUGGACGCGUUCGGCUCGACCAGCGAGGAGGUCAAGUCGGCGGCGUCGUACGCGCUGGGGAGCAUCGCCGUGGGCAACCUGCCCGAGUACCUGCCCUUCGUGCUGCAGGAGAUCACCGGUCAGCCCAAGCGUCAGUACCUGCUGCUGCACUCGCUGAAGGAGAUCAUCAGCUCGGCGGCGGUGGCGGGCUUGAGGCCGUACGUGGAGAGUGUCUGGUCACUGCUGCUCACGCACUGCGAGUGCACUGAAGAGGGCACGCGCAAUGUGGUGGCAGAGUGCCUGGGCAAGCUCACACUCAUCGACCCCGAGACGCUGCUGCCGCGCCUGAAGGGCUACCUGCUGUCCGGAUCCUCAUAUGCUAGAAGUUCUGUCGUGACAGCCGUCAAGUUCACCAUCUCAGAUCACCCACAGACCAUCGACCCCCUACUGAAAAACUGCAUAGGUGACUUCUUGAAGACUUUGGAAGACCCGGAUCUUAACGUGCGAAGGGUUGCUCUAGUGACGUUCAACUCGGCCGCUCACAAUAAGCCGUCACUGAUCCGAGACCUGUUGGACACAGUGCUGCCCCACCUGUACAAUGAAACCAAAGUGCGCAAGGAGCUCAUCAGAGAGGUGGAGAUGGGUCCGUUCAAGCACACCGUGGACGAUGGGCUGGACAUCAGAAAGGCGGCGUUCGAGUGUAUGUACACACUGCUGGACAGUUGCCUGGACCGACUGGACAUCUUCGAGUUCCUCAAUCACGUGGAGGACGGGCUCAAGGACCAUUACGACAUCAAGAUGCUGACGUUCCUGAUGCUGGCAAGGCUGUCCUCCCUGUGUCCCAGUGCUGUGCUGCAGAGGCUCGACAGACUGGUGGAGCCACUCCGAGCCACCUGCACCACCAAGGUGAAGGCGAACUCAGUCAAGCAGGAGUUUGAGAAGCAGGAUGAGCUGAAGCGCUCGGCGAUGCGGGCAGUGGCGGCCCUGCUGACCAUCCCCGAGGCGGAGAAGAGCCCGCUGAUGAGCGAGUUCCAGUCGCAGAUCAGCGCCAACCCGGAACUCGCCGCCAUCUUCGACAGCAUCCAGCGCGACUCCACCUCCGCCAACAUGGAGUCCAUGGACACCAGCUAAGCACCCAAAAAACCCACAUGGAGCAAAAAAAAAAAGAAAGUAAAGAAACACCACACCAUACAGCGAUGGUGUUAAUGAUGGUGACGAAGACAAAACUGACUUAAUGAAAUAUGAAAUCACCCCCCCCCCCAUGACAACGAUGCGCUCUUCUUUUUCUUCGUCCUUGUCGUUUUCCCCACAAGAUUAAAUUGCAUUUAAGAGAAGAAAAAAAAAGACAGAACUUGAAAGAAAUACAACCUCCAUGAAAGGAGAAGCCUUUUAUUGUUCCAUGCAUUGCACUGAUUCAGCCGUUACAGGAGGAAACAAGAAAAAUAAGAAAAAGAAAAAAAAGUAGAAAAAAAAGACUAAAAAUAAAUAAACAAAACACCUGAAAAUACAAAAAGCUCCUCACCAAGCUUCUCAAAGCCUUUCUAGUUUUUUUUGUCUUAUUGCUUUGUGAACAAUGGAGGAAGACCACAAACGACUCGGCCGUUCAUCGUUCCUUUCCACUGCUUCCAUUUCUCCCCUCGCUUAUUUUCCCAACAGUUUGGGUCCAUCUUUUUAUUUUUCUUUGACCAGUAACUUCCAAAAAGGACCAAGAAGCCCCCACCCCCAGCCUGCAGUAGUGGCUGUUGGAGGAGCUUGAGUCGGGCUGGUUGUACAUACCCUGGAGGUGGGGGACGGAUUGAGAAAGGCCCAGUAGAGGAUUGGUGCCUUUUGGACUGGGAACUUAUUUCACCUGUGUGGAUUCAGACCAGACUUAGGAGACCUCAUGCGCAAUGUUUGUUCAUUUCCAGGCACCAAGAUAGCAGGACCAUGUGGUGUUUUUGUUGUUUUGUUUGUUUGUUUCUUAACACGGAGUAUUCCUUUCCGCAUUCCGCUACAUUGACCACCUUGAUCUGUUGAUUUGGUUUUGUUUUGUUGCCAUGUUUUAUGCCAGACCAGAUAGAUUUAGAGUUAUUUUUUCUUUAAAAUCUUUGCAUUGUCACCCACCAGUCAUAUUGAUUUCAUUUGUCUUGCAUACUCCCAACCAAGAGUGUGUGUAUCAGAGCAAGUUUAUGUGUGAGCGAGCCAGUGAAUUGUGGUCAGCGAUGUUAAAUGACCCCCCAUUCUUCUUUUUUUAUUUUUUCUCUCUCCUGAAUGCUAUGGUUGUUGCGCAGUGGUCGCAUCUGUGUAAUCUGGGAAGGUAAAAGCACUUAAUAUGAAAACUUCUGGAUACUUGUAAACCAGGACUUUUGCCCAGGCUCCAGCAACAAGAGCAGCAAUUUGAUAUUGAUUACAUGACUGGGCCCUUGAAACCUACCAUAGGACCUGAGCUGUACGUAUGUGAAGCAAGUGAUUUACAGCUUUUUUUUCCCCCUCUUUUUUUUAUUUUGUCUCUCAUCCACUGUUAGAGGUUCUGCAACUGUUCUGUUUCAGUGCUGAACUGUUUUGGGGGAAAAAAAAAUACUUCAACUGCAUCGACCAAUUCCUUCAUCUAUUUUCCUCUGGAUAAUAUUCCUCUUUCUUUUUGGUCUCCCUUUCUGCAUUCCUCUGCCUCUCCUCUAGGGGGAGCCAUCUGUAUCCACCAACUUUAAAUCACUUUAGAUAAGAACUUUGAUGGUUUGCAAAACACGUUUUUGAGGACUUCUGUUUGUUGGGAAAUAAAGAAAAAAAUAAGAGAAAAAUAAAAACAAAAAUGCGAAAAAAA